AUGUCUAAAGAAUCUACAGCGCAGAGCAAAUUACGUCUUACAGACAUUGCUGACGAGCCACUUCCAUCCAUCGACCGAAUUCUUGGCUGCGCACAAAUGCCACUUGUUUCACUUGAAGAGGCGGUCAAACCACUUAUUUCUAUUGUACCAGAUGUUCGGCGGCGCGUUUAUGUUGCCAAGGAAAACUGUGAUAAUCCUGCCGAUGGCUUGACACAAGAUGAGUCUGCUUCGAUUAUGCUGUACACAAUGGAAUGGGAGCCAGCAGAUGAGUGCCUUUACCAUGUUUUGAACGAGGUAUUAAGAUCAGAAGAUCGAAGACGACAUCUCAGGCCAUGGCAUUUGUUUCUGAGACUUUUUCUCAAUGCACUUUUUCGUCUCCCAUUACUAUCCACAACGGUAUACAGAGGCGUUCGAUUAGACCUGAGUAUGCAGUACCGUGAAGGGGAAACAAUCGUCUGGUGGGGAUUCUCAUAUUGCACAACAUCUGUAAAUGUUCUACAAUCGGAACAAUUUUUGGGAAAGACUGGUCAUAGAACAAUGUUUGCUAUAAAAUGUCAUUCCGGUAGAGAUAUCCACAGACAUUCGAGCUAUGAAGCUGAAAAUGCAGUUCUUCUGAUGGCCGGAACCCAGUUCAAAGUAAUCAGUUGUCUGACUCAAGGUGAUCUUCACAUUAUUCAGCUGGAAGAAACUAUUCCACCAUUACCACUUGUACAACCACCACCGAAACCUAUGCCAUCACCUAUCAAGCCAAUGCCCAUAGAUGAUGGAGCACCAGAGGAAGCAUUUGUACAGCGUGACUUAUACUUCAAAGAUGUUAAUAUGUGGCCUGAAUUGAUACCAUUCAUUCGUGGCUGCGAAAAAAUGGCACUUGUUUCACUUGAAGAAGCUGUCGAACCACUUAUUUCCAUUCUACCAGAUGUUCAGCGGCAAGCUUAUGUAGCCAAGGAAAACUGUGAUAAUCCUGCCGAUGGCUUGACACAAGAUGAGUCUGCUUCGAUUAUGCUGUACACAAUGAUAUGGGAGCCAGUAGAUGAGUGCCUUUAUUAUGUUUUGAACCGGAUAUUAAGAUCAGAAGGUCGAAGACGCCUCACGCCAUGGCAUUUGUUUCUGAGACUUUUUAUCAAUGCACUCUUUCGUCUUCCACUACUAUCCACAACGGUAUACAGAGGCGUUCCAUUAGACCUGAGUAUGCAGUACCGUGAAGGGGAAACAAUCGUCUGGUGGGGAUUCUCAGAUUGCACAACAUCUGUAAAUGUUCUACAAUCGGAACAAUUUUUGGGAAAGACUGGUCAUAGAACAAUGUUUGCUAUAAAAUCUCAUUCCGGUAGAGAUAUCCACAGACAUUCGAACUAUGAAGCUGAAAAUGCAGUUCUUCUGAUGGCAGGAACCCAGUUCAAAGUAAUCAGUUGUCUGACUCAAGGUGAUCUUCACAUUAUUCAGCUGGAAGAAACUAUUCCACCAUUACCACUUGUACAACCACCACCGANGUACCGUGAAGGGGAAACAAUCGUCUGGUGGGGAUUCUCAGAUUGCACAACAUCUGUAAGUGUUCUAGAAUCGUUUUUGGGAAAGACUGGUCAUAGAACAAUGUUUGCUAUAAAAUGUCAUUCCGGUAGAGAUAUCCACAGACAUUCGAGCUAUGAAGCUGAAAACGAAGUUUUGCUGAUGGCCGGAACCCAGUUCAAAGUAAUCAGUUGUCUGGACCAAGGUGAUCUGCAUAUUAUCCAGGUGGAAGAAACUAUUCCACCAUUACCACUUGUACAACCACCACCGAAACCUGCGCCAUCACCUAUCAAGCCAAUGCCCAUAGGUCCAUCAUCUGAUACUUCAAAGAUCAGCCCUUUCUAUGAUGCAUGCCGAGAAAAUAAUAUCAGUUUGGUUGAAAACUAUUUAAAAACUAUGACAGUGGAAGAAAUUAAUCGAAUAGAACCAAAUGGCUCUACUGCACUCCACGUAGCUGCAUAUCGUGGACAUGAGAAAAUUGUUGAACUAUUACUGCAGAAAGGUGCUAGCUAUUUAACAAUAAAUAAAUAUAAUCUUACUCCGUUGGAUGAAGCUAAAACGGAUAAAAUAAGACAGCUGAUCCAUCGUCGCAUGAAUAAAAAACGUUUUGUCAGUGACUCCGUCGAGUGGAUUCUUCAAACUAAUGAUGCUGAUUAUCAAGCACAUGAAUAUUUUAAGAAAUUGGAAUCAUAUGGCAAAGAUCCUCAGUUUCACAAACUAAUUAUUUAUAUAAGAAAAAACUAUCUUGAAAAAGAUUUGCAAGAUGUAGACGGUAUCAAUACAAUAAAAGAAUAUUUUGAUAAGGCAAUCAAUGAAAAAGAUCCAGCUUACUUAUUAACAGCGUAUACAGCUGAAACUGGUUUUUACACUACCUUAAAUGUUGAUCUAGCAAAACUACACCUUGAAAAUCUAACUAGCAAAGAGAACCUUAGUCGAGCGUAUUAUAUUGGAAUAAUUGCUCGUCAUCCGAAAUUUGAGACAUUAUCAUUUACUGGAGAAGUUUUUCGUGGCAUGAUGAUUACUGCUAGUGACGUAACAAAAUACAAGGUCGGUACACGCAUUCUAACUAAAACAUUUUCGUCGACAUCAAAACAAAAGCAUGUAGCAUCAACCUUUCAUGAGAAAAAGACCGAUAAAGACGAUCGAUUAAGUACUAUAUGCAUAUACCAAAUACGCAACAAUAGAACAGCAUUCGAUAUACAACGUUUAUCAUUAUUUGCAUAUGAAGAAGAAGUAUUAAUUCUACCUUAUUCAGCAUUUAAAAUAAUUGAUGUUAUUCAAAACAAAGAACAUUCGCCUCAGGUUGAAAUAAAGCUGAGAGAAUGUGAACCAUGGUUAUAA